GAGAACUCGCGCAGGCCCUCACGCCCUCCGCCUGCGCAUCCUGCGGCGCCGGCCUCGGGCGAGGAAGCCAGGUCGCAGAGGCAGCCGCAGGCUAGGGCUCAGGUUGCGGCCCCGCUGCCUCCGCUGGUGCCUCCGUCGUCCCCACCUCCUGCCCCCGGGCUGCGGGUCCGUCUCCGCCCCUUUCCCCGCCCGCCGCCGGCCUGCAGGUGUAGAAGUCUAGGCUGCUGAGUAGGUGCGUGGGGAUGAUCUCACCCGCGCGCUCCGCGCCAGGAGGAGGAGGAGCGGGAGCUAAUCCAACUUCCGGGUAGUGAAGGCGCAAGCCACCGGCAUCUUGCUUUUUCUUCCUCUCUUCCCCCGCUGUACCCUUCGCCUCUCCCUCCUUUCUUUUUAUUCCCGGCCCCACCUGCCAAAAUGAACAGCUCGGACGAGGAGAAACAGCUGCAGCUCAUCUCCAGUCUAAAGGAGCAAGCAAUAGGCGAAUAUGAAGACCUUAGAGCAGAGAACCAGAAAACAAAGGAGAAGGCAAUUCAGGGAAUGGUAGGUUGGCGUGAUGAAAAUAUCCAUGAAAAGGUGUCUGGUACAUACAUCUCUAAUAUGUGUGACAAAAUUAGGCAAGAGCGAGAUGAAGCUGUUAAAAAACUGGAGGAAUUUCAGAAAAUUUCUCACAUGGUUAUAGAGGAAGUUAAUGUUAUGCAGAACCAUCUUGAAAUAGAGAAGACUUGUCGAGAAAGUGCUGAAGCUCUGGCAACAAAGCUAAAUAAAGAAAAUAAAGCAUUGAAAAGAAUCAGCAUGUUAUACAUGGCCAAGCUGGGUCCAGAUGUAAUCACUGAAGAGAUAAACAUUGACGAGGAAGAUCCAACCAUAGACCCAGAGGGUGCUGCCGAGACUUGCGUCUCAGUACAGUGUCAGAAGCAAAUCAAAGAACUUCAAGAUCAAAUUAUAUCUGUUCAGGAGGAAAAGAAGAUAUUAGCCAUUGAACUGGAAAAUCUCAAGAGCAAACUUGUAGAAGUAAUUGAAGAAGUAAAUAAAGUUAAGCAAGAAAAAGAUGUUUUAAAUUCAGAAGUUCUUGAACAGAGAAAAGUCUUAGAAAAAUGCAAUAGAGUGUCCAUGCUAGCAGUAGAAGAGUAUGAGGAAAUGCAGGUAAACUUGGAACUGGAGAAGGACCUUCGAAAGAAAGCAGAGUCGUUUGCACAAGAGAUGUUUAUUGAACAAAACAAACUAAAGAGACAAAGCCACCUUCUCCUGCAGAGCUCUGCUCCUGACCAGCAGCUUUUGAAAGCGUUAGAUGAUAAUGCAAAACUCAUCCAGCUUCUUGAAGAAGAGAGAAUUCAGCAUCAACAGAAGGUCAAAGAAUUAGAAGAGCAACUACAAAAUGAAACUCUCCACAAAGAGAUACAUAGCCUCAAACAGCAACUGGAGCUUCUAGAAGAAGAUAAGAAAGAACUGGAAUCGAAAUACCAGAAUUCUGAGGAGAAAGCUAGAAAUUUAAAGCAUUCCGUUGAUGAGCUCCAGAAGCGGGUGAACCAGUCUGAGAAUUCAGUACCUCCACCACCUCCUCCUCCACCACCACUUCCCCCUCCACCUCCCAACCCUAUUCGAUCCCUCAUGUCCAUGAUCCGGAAGCGAUCCCACCCCAGCGGCAGUGGUGCUAAGAAGGAAAAGGCAGCUCAACCAGAAACAACUGAAGAAGUCACAGAUCUGAAGAGGCAAGCAGUUGAAGAGAUGAUGGACAGAAUUAAAAAGGGAGUUCAUCUCAGACCGGUCAAUCAGACAGCUAGACCGAAGGGGAAGCCAGAAUCUUCAAAAGGCUCUGAAAGUGCAGUGAAUGAACUAAAAGGAAUACUGAUGGAGAGUGUUGGCAUGUACGGACUCUGUGGAUGUACAGCAAAGAACAAAAUGAGGUGCGAUUCAAGGUGGGAAAUAACCGCUUCAGAAGCGGCCCCCACGUCUGCAUAUUCGUCUCCAGCCCGGAGUCUGGGGGACACAGGAAUAACGCCUCUGUCCCCUUCCCACAUUGUGAACGAUGCCGACCCAAAUGUCUCUGAGCAGCAGACGUUUCUCGUGGUGGUGGCCGUCGACUUUGGGACCACGUCCAGCGGCUAUGCCUACAGCUUCACCAAAGAGCCAGAAUGCAUCCACGUGAUGAGGCGAUGGGAAGGAGGCGAUCCUGGAGUGUCCAACCAGAAGACCCCGACCACCAUCUUGCUGACUCCCGAGAGGAAGUUCCACAGUUUCGGGUAUGCUGCCAGGGACUUUUACCACGACCUGGAUCCCAACGAGGCCAAGCAGUGGCUGUACCUGGAGAAGUUCAAGAUGAAGCUGCAUACCACUGGGGACCUCACCAUGGAUACAGACCUGACAGCAGCAAAUGGCAAGAAAGUCAAAGCCCUCGAAAUCUUUGCUUACGCCCUGCAGUACUUUAAGGAGCAGGCACUGAAGGAGCUGAGUGACCAGGCGGGUUCGGAGUUCGAGAACUCCGACGUCAGAUGGGUCAUCACCGUGCCUGCCAUCUGGAAACAGCCUGCCAAACAGUUCAUGAGACAAGCUGCCUACCAGGCAGGCCUGGCCUCCCCUGAGAACUCGGAGCAGCUCAUCAUUGCCCUGGAGCCCGAGGCGGCCUCCAUCUACUGCCGGAAGCUGCGGCUGCACCAGAUGAUUGAGCUGAGCAGCAAGGCGGCUGUCAAUGGGUACAGCUCCAGUGACACAGUAGGAGCUGGGUUUGCACAGGCUAAGGAACACAUACGACGUAAUCGGCAAAGUCGGACCUUUUUGGUGGAGAAUGUCAUAGGAGAAAUCUGGUCCGAGCUGGAGGAAGGUGACAAGUAUGUGGUGGUGGACAGUGGCGGUGGCACCGUAGACCUGACAGUCCAUCAGAUACGGUUACCCGAGGGACACCUUAAAGAACUGUACAAAGCAACAGGUGGACCCUAUGGAUCCUUAGGAGUAGAUUAUGAAUUUGAAAAGCUUCUGUGUAAAAUAUUCGGAGAGGAUUUUAUCGAGCAAUUCAAAAUCAAGCGUCCUGCGGCCUGGGUUGACUUAAUGAUUGCAUUUGAGUCUCGCAAAAGGGCGGCGGCCCCAGACCGAACUAACCCGCUGAACAUCACCCUGCCCUUCUCCUUCAUUGACUACUACAAGAAAUUCCGGGGGCACAGCGUGGAGCACGCCUUGAGGAAGAGCAAUGUGGAUUUUGUGAAGUGGUCCUCGCAGGGGAUGCUGAGGAUGAGUCCAGACGCCAUGAAUGCCCUUUUUAAGCCGACCAUCGACAGCAUCAUCGAGCAUCUCCGGGACCUGUUUCAGAAGCCGGAGGUGUCCACCGUCAAGUUCCUCUUCCUGGUGGGCGGCUUCGCGGAGGCACCCCUCCUGCAGCAGGCUGUGCAGGCUGCCUUUGGCGACAAGUGCCGCAUCAUCAUCCCCCAGGACGUGGGCCUCACCAUCCUCAAGGGCGCCGUCCUCUUCGGCCUGGAUCCCGCGGUCAUCAAGGUGCGCCGGUCCCCGCUCACCUACGGGGUGGGUGUGCUGAACCGCUACGUGGAGGGCAAGCACCUGCCCGAGAAGCUGCUGGUGAAGGACGGCACGCGCUGGUGCACCGACGUCUUCGACAAGUUCAUCUCUGCCGACCAGUCCGUGGCCCUGGGCGAGCUGGUCAAGCGGAGCUACACCCCGGCCAAGCCCUCCCAGCUGGUCAUCGUCAUCAACAUCUACAGCUCUGAGCUCGACGACGUGAGCUUCAUCACCGACCCCGGGGUGAAGAAGUGCGGCACGCUCCGCCUGGACCUCACGGGGACCAGCGGGGCCGCCGUGCCUGCCCGCAGGGAGAUCCAGACCCUCAUGCAGUUCGGGGACACCGAGAUCAAGGCCACGGCCAUUGAUAUAGCCACCUCGAAGAGUGUCAAGGUUGGGAUCGACUUCUUAAAUUACUAACCGGCCCUCCCCGCCACCUGCCCCCGUGGACUCAGCUCACUCGCCUCUGCUGACCUCAACCCUGACCGUUCUUCCCCUGCCCUUGACCCUUGCCAUCAGCCAUCUGAACUUCAGCAGGGAAGAUGGGAACAGCCAGGGCUAGAAAUAAUUAGGGAGUUUUGAGGGCACACCGGAGUCAGAAAAGCUGUUGGCAGUUAGGAUGGAGGUUGGGGAAGAAGAACUCCCAGGAUCCCAGGAGAGCAGCUAGUGUUCAUAGGUACAGAGUGGUGAAACACCCACCCCACGAGGGAAUCAGUACUUUUCCGCAGCAGUGAUCGGGCUUGGUCUAAACAGAUCUCCCUUGAGUAGAAUGCCCUGUUGGGAUCUUUCUAGAUUUGAAAUAAGGUCUUUGAGCCAGGAGGAGAGUCUUCUGAGACUUUUUACAGAAUUUGGAUGACAGUCAAUAUAAAAUACCACCCAUCUGCAGUUAAUUUCUUUUCAUCAUUGUGUGAUUAAAAGUGGUGAUUCAGUGGGAACUUGGAGCGUUUUUAGCUGGUGGGAGAAGACUGCCUACAGGGGCACUAUUUUAGAUUCCCAUCAUUUAAAUUCCAAAUAGGUUCGGUAAAGAAAGAGUAACUGUAGCCUCAGCUAAUCCUCUAGGAUUCGUGUGAGUGGGAGAGCUGACACCGCAAGUUAUUAGCAGGUAAAAACUUGCUUCGAGGGAAAUGGAUACUGAGCUACUGACAUACCCCAAAUUAUAUGCUGUGAUAUCAUUCCCCAAAUGCCAAACCCUGAUUUCUAAAUUCGUAAGUAAUUCUAGUUAACCUUAGUAGGAGUCCAUGUGAGAAAAUGAAGUUGCAGCUUGCCUCAUUCACAUCACCAAGCCCAGGAGCUGAAACAGCCCCUCCCCUUGACAAGCGUACGUAUUUUAAAUUAACUCCCUCGUCCCUGCUCACCCUCACCUUCCUAAGAAGUUUUGACCAUUUAUUUCCACAUUUUGGAAAGAAUAUAUUAGAAUACAUUGGUGAUACCUUAGAGAAUCUGUUCUAUGAAAUGUUUCAUUAAAACCUUCAGUUUUUAAACUAAAAUUGAAGAUUCUGUCUAAAGGAAUUCAUAGACUGGUAUUUGAUGACUUAAGCCAGGUUUUUUUUCGAAGCAGAUCUGCGGGAUCUGCUGUGUGAGAACUGCCUGGGUGCUUCUUAAAAACAGGUUCCUGGAUUCUACCUCUCUUAUGAACUGAAGUCAAAUCCUGGAGAGAGGGACUAAAAUCUGCAGUUAUUAGUAAACACCACAGGGGACUGUGGGUCAGUGAAAAUUGGGAAACUCCUAAUUUUACGUUUUUUGGAAGCUGAGGCACAGAUCAGCGCUUGCAGCCUCCGGUCUAACAGGUUGGGCUCCCUUAGGGAGAGGGUCUACAAAUGGAGAGCUGUCACCCCAUACCUUGCCCUCUGGUGAGUGGGGCCGGGGCUCCACCUGGCUUGGGGGUGGCACUUUUAACCCUCACAGGAAAGGCCUGCGGAGGAAAAAGACUGGAAGAAAGGCAACCUAAGAAAUGGGGCACUUGCAAAGCCAGCCCUCUCCGUCAUUCAGGAACCAACUGAGGAAAAAGAAUCCAGAGUCUGACUCACAGCCCGUAUGAUCUGUUCAAAGCUGUCUUUUCCACCUGCUGGAGUUCAUUCCGAUUUUAAAUCACCGGAGGCACACAUAAUGGCUGAGGGGAGGAUGAGCCAUUAACAUCGAAUGCAAGUUUGAUUCACCACCCCAUUAUCACAGCUCAUUAUCAUAUGCAGAUUUUAAAUAGCAUUUCCAAUUUCAUUUUCACAACGCUUGCUGCAGAAUUCCCUACUAGAAUGUGAAACAUGAACACACCACAGAACUAGAGAAUGCUAGUCACAUACCGAGGGGCGGGGUGUCGCAUCCGGGCACAAAGGUGUGUGCGCUAGGGUUCUCCUGCUGCCUGCUCUGCUUCCAAAGCUAAAUGUUCUUUCUUUGGUGUUGCCAGCCAUACUCUACAAGUAAGACUUUUCAAUUGAGUUAUAAGUAAUAUAAUUUUAUGUACAUACAAUAUUAAAAAAAUUGUACAGAAUCUUUAUUUCUACAAUGUGCUCUUCUUGUUUAAAAAAAAAGGGAAAAUGCUCUUCGGAUUUUGUUGAUGACAUUGCCGCCUUUAAUUUUCCACGGUCUCAUUUCUUAAUCAUGCCUAUGCAUCGUCUAUUUGUACUGAUGCUAAGCUAAGGACUGUGUAGGCAAGACUGAGCAGUAGACAGAGGUGCCUGGGGUCAGAUACUCUGAAGAAAGAGACCAGCUGGAUCAACAGCUUCAUCAGACCUUUCGACACGCACAUCCUUCCCAGAGGUUCGCAGUUGAUAUUUAAAGGAGCACAAUGACCGAUUCUCCUGCCCAGUCUCUGAGAGCUGAACGUUCUGUUUGUGUCAGCAGUGCGGCUGUGCAGAAACACCUGCAAACCUGUGUGUCCCUGUAGGGUUGCCAGCCUCUCCUUGUGGGGCAAAGCAGUCACUCUGAGGGCAAAGUGUGAUGUUUUCAGGACACCAGGAAUCAAAGGAAGGAAUCAAGCGGUACACAAAUCCAGCUUUCCUACUGGAUGAAGUGUGAGUGUGAGUAGUACAGUCAAGCCCUUUUUUUGGCUAAUGUAAGGCCUUUCCCAUCUUGCAGUAAGAAUGUCUCCUUGUCUACUGUUUCUCUUAAAUGAGCUAGUUGAAGUUUGCAGUGUUGGCAAACAGAUGAUGGAGAGGGGGUGAUGAUUUUACUGGACUUUUUUCUGGCCCCAGAGACGCAGCCCUAAGAGUCAAACUUCCUAGAGGGAACCCUCAAAUCCAUCCCUCCUUCCCUCCCCGCUACCCACACAGAAAUAUUCUAGAAUAAAAGCACCGGAUAAGUACACUUGGACACAUUUUCUAAUCUUAGAAAGUUUCUAAAAGGCCUGUUGUCCUGACCCAUUACUCAGUUGUCCCUGGCAUAUUAUCUGAGGUUCAAGUUUCUUGGAAGCAGAACUGUCAAAGGAUAUCCUUUGUAACUGCCCUUUCUGUACACAGCAGGCAUUAGUAAUUGUUGAAUGGCAGACAAGUGACAGACAGACAAGACAGGAAAGAGGAGACAUAUAUGCGUUUUUGCAGACUGAUGGCUAAGUUACAGAGCCUUGCCCUACCCCUAGAAUGUUAUUUAGAUCAAGUUUAGCUUUUAGAGCCCAGGUCUGGUUAAUUGCCAGGGUGGCAAAAAAUCGCAUGCACCCAUAUAAACAGGAGUCAAAAUGCAAUAUUAGUUGAAGAUCGAAUUUCACAUUGUAGAGAUGAAAUAGCUGUGAUUAAGCUGCAUACUUAUGCUGGGAAAUGGCUUAAGAGGAUGACUAGUAUUAAAGUUGUUGGCCAUCACGUCGCAUCUCUCAUCUGCUUGGAAUAUGAUACUAUAUUCAAAAAUAUCAGCCACUGGGGUCUUGUUCACUACAAGACAAAAUUCAGACUUCACAGAACUUUGCAGCAGGUCACAAUUUGAUUGUGUCUGCACACUGUCUUCACGGAUGUCUAAUAAAGCAAAACUCUGACUCUCA